GGCAGGGCCGCACGGAAGGCGGCGGGUCCGCCAUGGACCGGAGGAAGAAGCCGUUGGACGUGGCCGCGUCCUCGCUGGUAGAUCUAAAAGCCGAACUCUUCCGAAAGCAAGAGGAAUUCAAGAAAGAAAAGCUAUUGAAAGAUGCUGGUGUCUUUGCAAAGCCCAGAACUUCUAAUAAGAAACCAAGCAUCUGGACCAAACAAAACACAGGAGUUGCAAAUCGAGCCUCAAAAGAUGUUGAGCAGAAGACAGAAGAGCAGGACAUAUUGGAUCAAUCAAGGAAGAAGCUAGAAGAGAAAGCAAAGCUGUAUGAGAAAAUGACAAAAGGCGACUUUCCAGAUGAAGAAGCCGAGGAUUUGUACCUGGUGGAUUUCACUCAGAAGAUCAUAGACAAAAGGCACGAAGUGCAGGAGCUGGGUCAGAGCAAAGCUGCUGGAAAGACUUCAGAAAGAGAGUCAGAUGAUGAGGAAACUCAACUUGAAGCAGACAUUCCACCGCCCGAGGACCCGGAGGAAGAAUGGGUUGAUUAUGUUGAUUUCUUGGGCCGAUCUAGACGCUGUAUGAAGAAGGAUUUGCCAAGUCUACUUAAAAUGGAUCAGGAACUUCAAGGGAAAAGACAAGAACCUGAUGGGAAUACUCUGUUAUCUGAAGAUAUGAGAAGAGAACUUCAGAGGCAGCAGUGGGAAAAGGAAGAAGAAGAAGCCCUCAGAAAACCCAUGGGACCCAUACAUUAUGAGGACAUUCGAGAAAAUGAGGCCAGACAGCUUGGUGUUGGUUACUUCGCCUUUUCUCGGGACCAAGAACUCAGGCAUAAACAACGGGCAACGCUGGACAUGCUGAGGGAGCAGACACUUGAUCAGAGAACUAAACGUGAACAGCUAAAAGAGAAGAGAAAGGCAGCUCUAGAUGCAAGGCUGUCCAAACUUCGAGCACGGAAGGUUAAAAAGUUAAGGGAAGCAGGAUUAGAAGAAGAGGCAGAAAAACUGGAGAAUGGAGAGCUGAAAGCUGUUACUGAGGAGCCAGAACCUCCGAGAAUUACUGCAGCAAGCAGGAAGGUGGAGGUUGUCAUCCAGGAGAGAAGAGAUACAAAGCCUGGCGUGCCUUAUGUCCGAGAGUGGGAUAAAGGCAAAGAACUGAUGUUUGGGCUGUGGGAAAAGAAACAGGAAGAACUUAGAGAUGAGCGAGAUCCAGAAUUUGCACCACCUUCUGAUUACUAUUUGGGACAAAAGAAAGAUGAUAACUACCGAAGUCGAAAUUUGAACAGUCCUGAAACCUCCUCUGAAAAACUGGAAACAGAGAGGGCACAGAACCAACAGAUGCCAUCGGUGCAGGGCAGUGGCAGCAGCGCUGGUUCCAACAGCAACGUUCAGGAUAAGGCAGCACCAGCAGAGGCCUCUGGCCAUGACACUCAGGAGGCAUCGUCGUCAGGGGAGGAUGACAGCAGUGACGAUGAGGACAGGCUGCCCCCAGCACAGGGUUAUGGCUACGGUGCCCAAGCUGUGCCGCCACCAAUGCGGGCUUAUGGCUACGGAGCCCGGGCUGUGCCGCCCUCCAUGCCAGCAUACGGAUACGGCGCUCCCGAGGUGCCUUUUCCAGUGCAGGCUUAUGGCUAUGGCACGCCAGGGAUGGUGCCACCAAUGCACGGCUACGGCUACGGAGCUCACGAGGUGCCCUUUUCAAUGCAGGCUUAUGGCUACGGCACCCAGGAUGUGCCACCGGGAAUGCAGCCCUGUGGCUGCAGCGCCCAGGAUGUGCCGCCAGGAAUACACACCUGUGGCUGCAGCGCCCAGGAUGUGCCGCCAGGAAUACACACCUGUGGCUGCAGCACCCAGGAUGUGCCACUGGGAAUGCAGACCUGCGGCUGUAUCACCCAAGAUGUACCACCAGGAGUACACACCUGUGGCAGCAGCACCCAAGAUGUGCCGCCAGGAACACAGGUCUGUGAUUGCAGCACCCAGGAUGUGCCACCAGGAACACACACCUGUGGCAGCAGUGCCCAAGAUGUGCCACCAGGAACGCAGGCCAGUGGCUGCAGCACCCAGGAUGUGGCACCUCCAGUGCAGACCGACAGCAGUGACGCCCCAAAGCAGGAACCACUUUACCAAAGUUUAGAUGAUAUGCUGUCUUAUUACAGACAAGUGACUUGAGCUGAGCAAAAAGAUAGGCAAAAACCAUGAUCUAAAGAACUGAAAUAGAAUUAUCUGCUCAGCAAGAAUAUUAUUUUCCCACAUGUGGGAAAAACAAGUUUCUGUAAGUAGAUCACAAUAAAUCUCAUGAACACCUAA